UCCCGGCGGUACCCGGAGCCCCCUUACCUUCCCGGGAAUACCCCGGAGCCCCCUACCUUCCCGGCGGUACCCGGAGCCCCUACCUUCCCGGGGGUACCCCGGAGCCCCCCACCCCUAGCUGUACAUUGGGGUUCCCCAUGAGAAUAACCGGAGUGAUUAAGCUGCUGCCAGUCCAUGCCCAAUGAAUUGCCCCUAGGGGGUAGAAGGGCUAUUCCAGUGACCAUACCCCGGGGUUACCCGCUGUCCCUGUGAGUUCGGAUUUUCGGGUCAGUUGUUGUCAGACCCGGCGGUUCCGGAGAGUCCAUUGCCUGUGCUGAUCCAGCCCGGACUGUGCGGACACCCCACUCCGCCCCCUGUAGCUUUCCUUGGAUCUUGGUCGGUUCCUGCCCCGCAGUGGCUCCGCGGUGCUGCUGCGGUGGUGGUGGCGGUGGCUCCUCCGCCCAGCCUGCUCCCUUGGACCCGGAAAACGGGGGUUCCAGCGGCCCGAGUGAGCGGGCUAUCAAAGCUGGGCGCAUCAAGAGGAUGUUGCGACUGGCCGCGGAGUUGCUGCUACUCCUGGGACUGCUGCUGCUCACCCUGCACAUCACUGUGCUGAGAGGGGGUCCUGCCAGCCCUGCCAAUGCCAGCCACAGCCAACUACAGAAUGAACAAUCUUCUGAUCGCUUUUCGUUCAACCCAUCAGAAAGGCAGGAGUAUCUUGAUGAGGCGGCACGGAGAUCUUUUCCUAAACAUCGCCUCAUGACAAGUGGCCAUACGUCGCUGCAACGAGACGGGACAGGAUCGUUUCUGCUGGAUCUUCCCAAUUUUCCUGACCUCUCCAAAGCUGAUAUUAAUGGUCAAAAUCCCAAUAUUCAGGUCACUAUUGAAGUGGUUAAUGGACCUGACUCGGAGCCGGAAAAUGAAAUGCAAAAGGAGAACAUGCCCAGCUGGCCAGUUCCAUCACCUGACUGGAGAAGCUGGUGGCAGAGGUCAGCAACUUUGCCCCGUGUGAAUUACGGGGACCAGGAUUACAAGUAUGACAGCACUACUGAGGACAGCAACUUCUUAAACCCUCUGGGCGGAUGGAACAGACAAGUGCCCAGCCACCGCACAUUUGAUACAAAGGAACAGCCCGAGUAUGAGUAUGUAGAUGGUGAGGGAGAUUGGAGCAGUUGGUCUGUGUGCAGUGUGACCUGCGGUAGUGGCAACCAAAAGCGUACGCGAUCCUGUGGCUACGCCUGCACAGCAACAGAGUCAAGGACUUGUGAUAUGCCAAGCUGUCCAGGAAUCGAAGACACGUUCAGAACAGCAGCCACUGAAGUCAGCCUUCUGGCAGGGAACGAGGAUUUCAAUGCUACAAAGCUGUUUGGUGUCGAUACUGACAGCUGUGAGCGAUGGAUGAACUGCAAAAGCGAAUUCCUCAAAAAGUACAUGCAUAAAGUGGCUAACGACCUUCCGAGCUGCCCUUGUUCUUACCCUACGGAAGUGGCCUAUAGUACAGCGGAGAUAUAUGAUCGGAUCAAACGCAAAGACUUUCGAUGGAAAGAUGCUAGCGGUCCGAAGGAGAAGCUAGAGAUCUACAAACCAACAGCGAGAUACUGCAUACGUUCCAUGCUCUCUCUGGAGAGCACCACUCUAGCUGCACAGCAUUGCUGCUUUGAUGACAGCAUGCAACUAAUUACAAGGGGAAAGGGAGCAGGCACCCCAAAUUUGAUCAGUGUAGAGUUUUCAGCAGAACUUCAUUAUAAAGUGGAUAUUUUACCUUGGAUUAUGUGCAAAGGGGACUGGAGUCGAUACAAUGAGGUUCGACCACCAAAUAAUGGUCAAAAAUGUACUGAAAACCCUUCAGAAGAUGAUUAUUUGAAACAGUUUCAGGAAGCAAGAGAAUUCUAGAGGUUGGCCCAAAGAGACUGAUACAUAUGAAAAAUGAAGUGCUUGUAGCACAGGCUGCUGGGAACAGGGUUAUUACAACGGUUCAAUAAUGCUCUUUGUGUAUUUGAGCAGAAGGUGUUGCUGCUUGGUUCUAUACAGUUUCUUACAACAAAUUCAGUGUUCAUACCUUUUAUGUAUUAAUACAAACUAUAUGCACUGUUAAGUGUAUGUCACCUAUAGAAACCUUGAGUUCAAGCAAUGCCUAAUAUCUAUAUCAAGGUUGGUCUGUUGGAAAUCCAGGAAAGAUCCUCCAUGGGCUUUAUAAAACCCCCAGUCUUCAUAAUCAAAUUAGCCAACAAGUUUCUAUAAAUAAUCGACCAACUGAAUAAAAAGUAUUGGGCAGCUGUCCAGUCAAAUAAAGCAAGCUGCAGCGUGAUACGGAUGGCUUUGGGACGUAGUCCUUGGAGACUCUAUGUUCUGGUCCGUACUGAAGCAAAUUGGGAGAUUUAAGGCUUAACCCUACCAUAUGGAUCUAGCAUUCUGUUACCUGGUGUUUGGAAUGGACGUUGCCAACAGGAAACGGAGGAAUUCAGGGUAGCUCUUGGCUUGUGACUUUUUCAGGGACUGUUCAAUAUUAAGAAAUGUGGCACUUUCUUUAAAAGGAGAUACAGACAAAUGUUUGUCUUCUUGUUUUACAUGGAUAUAGUACAUAUGGCUCACAUUAUUUUAUUUUUGUAGGCAUGAACCAAACUCAAGUUAAAAAAAAGCUAUUAUUGGGUUCAUCUUUUAUUGCUGUUUACAAAUACUGCAAUAUUUUUGUAAAGUAUUUAUUAAGUUGUAGUUCUGUUUUAUUGUCUUUUAAAAAGCAUUUUUGUUUCCUUUUGGAAAAUGGUCAGAAAUGUGGGAUCCUGCCAACUGAUCUGAAGCUGAAAGUGUUUUACUUAGAAGUCUGAGGACGGUAAAUAAAACAUCAGAACAGUAGGUGCUUCAUAUACAUAUAACUA